CCUCGGUACUGUAAUGUUUUAAAAUGGCUGCCUAUUUUGGAAACCAGAGUUAUUUUCUAAUUAAUUAACCUGUCGCAAAUCUUGCCUGUAAAGUCUUUGCAAAUAUAAAAAAUAUGGUUAAACAAACUAUCCAGAUAUUCGGAAGAGUAAAACCAACACGAUCCAAAGCAGGGCUAUAUGAAAUUGAUGAAGAUGAUGAAAGCCAUCCUAGACUGACAAUUACUGUACCUAGAGAACUUGCUGAUGGUUUUGUAAAUAAUAAAAAGGAAAAUUAUAAAUUUAGAUUUCAAAAGGUAUUUGAUCAGUCCGCCCAACAAGAUGAAAUAUUUGAUAAUGUUGCAAAGCCAGUGGCAGACAGUGUUCUGCAGGGAUACAAUGGAACCAUUUUUGCAUAUGGUCAGACAGGCAGUGGGAAAACCUUCACAAUUACUGGUGGGGCAGAGCGUUAUAAUGACAGAGGAAUAAUUCCUAGGUGCUUAUCAUAUUUAUUUGAGCAGUUUGAACAGGAUGGAGGUCGAUCUUAUACUUUACACAUAUCCUACUUGGAAAUCUAUAAUGAGAGUGGUUAUGACUUAUUAGACCCUAAACAUGAUGCUGCAAAGCUUGAAGACCUUCCGAAAGUUAGUUUAAUGGAGGAUACAGACCAGAAUAUUCAUUUAAAGAAUUUGUCUGUUCAUCCUGCAAACAGCGAAGAGGAAGCAUUGAAUUUACUCUUCCUUGGAGAUACCAACAGAAUGAUUGCAGAGACACCUAUGAAUCAAGCCUCUACAAGAUCACAUUGUAUAUUUACCGUCCAUCUGACUUCUACAGAGACUGGAUCAGCUACAAUCAGAAGAUCAAAGCUCCAUCUAGUGGAUCUGGCAGGAUCUGAGAGGGUAUCAAAGACUGGUGUUAAUGGAGUAUUACUCAAGGAAGCUAAAUAUAUCAACCUAUCAUUACAUUUUUUAGAACAGGUGAUAAUAGCAUUAGCAGAUAAGAGUCGUCAACACAUCCCGUACAGGAAUUCUAUGAUGACGUCAGUAAUACGGGACAGUCUGGGUGGUAAUUGUAUGACAACUAUGAUAGCCACAUGUUCUGUUGAAAAGAAAAAUGUUGAUGAGACAAUUUCAACUUGUCGUUUUGCACAAAGAGUUGCAAUGAUAAAGAAUGAUGUCAUGGUCAAUGAAGAACUUGAUCCAAAAUUAUUGAUAGCAAGAUUAAAAAGAGAGGUUCAACAGUUAAAAGAGGAAUUAGCAAUGGCUACUGGUGAACAAAGAACAGAUAAUCUCACUGAAGAGGAAAUAAGCAGAUGUAAAUAUGCAGUCGACAACUAUUUAGCAGACAAUGAUAAAGAAUCAACGUUAGACAUUGGUGCUGAUAUGAGGAAGAUCCAGUAUUGUUAUUCCCUCCUCAAGCAAAUGGUACAAGAAAAACCAAAGGUUGUUGAAGUGGAAGCUCAGCAUAAAUCCCCAUCCUACACAGAUGUUGAUACCGGCCCUUAUAGAGAUUCUGAAAACAGCAGAUUGAAAGAGCUUAUUCUACAGAGAGAUAAUGAAAUCAAUAUCUUAGUAGGAAUGUUAAAGAAAGAGAAGAAAAGAUCAGCAGAUGCAAUGGCAGAAGUAGAAAGUUUUGGUCGAAUGAAAUCCUUCGAAGACAACAGUCGUCCCUCCAGUGGUCGAAGAAAUCGUGGAAGUAGAAUGAACACAGCAGAAAGUCUCAGUGCUAAUAAACGUAACAGUAGUAGUACCAGUUUUGAUGAACAAACAAAAACAAAGAUAUUGGGAGACAUGUCCACAGGAAGACAGGAAGCAUUUGAGACAUUUAAAAGAGACUAUCCACAAAAUUCAGCCAUUGAAGACAAUAAAGAUGCACUAAAACAGAAAUAUGUGGAAGCCAAAAAAUUGGGAGAAUAUGUCAACAAAUCUAGGACAAAAAUAAAUCAUGUUAAAUCCCAGAUAGAACAGUACAGGAUGCAGUUAGCAAUGAGAGGUCUUGUUGAUCCAGAAGAUGCUGAACCAGAUGAAGAAGAACAAGAAAUGAGAAAUGAGAUGGAAGAGGAAAAAAUGAAUUACAAGGAAUGUUUUACUAGACUUAGAACAUUAAAGACAGAAAUAGAACAUUUACAACAUUUGUUAGAAAAGUCAAAAGUGAAGUUAAUGAAAGAUUUUGAGAUGUGGUGGGCAGAACAAGUUAAUUUACAACAAAACAAUAACAGCUAUAGACAACAAAAGGAACAGAAAUCAGCCUGGAGAACACCAACACCAAACAAGUCAGUUCCAAAUGGUGUCCAGUCAUCACAACAGUAUGCAGCAGAUGGUAGGAAACAGUCAGUUCAAAAUGGAAUCCAGUCAACACAGCAAUUCAGUAUGGAUGGCAGGAAAUCAUUUGAUCCAUCUCAGAGAAGCCCUUAUGAGUCCAAUAGUAGAAAGCAAUAUGAUACAGUAGAUACUGAUAACAGAAAACAAUAUGAUACAGGACAGAGAAGACCGCUUGGCCUUCCAAAAUCAAGGUCAGAUUCAGGAAAUUUACCAAUGACAGGAGAUGCCAAGGCUGAUGCUGAUAUCAUGGCGUUUAUUAAAGCGAGACAAAAUCUUUUACGCCAAGCACAAGACAAAAGCUGACAUCAGUAACCAUACAAAAUGUAGUGGUCCAUCCAACAAAGCAUGUUACUAACUUUGGUGCUUUCUAACUGAUCUCUAUCUUGCCAGCGAAGAGAGAGAUCUGUCAUUCAUUCAUAGCAGGAAGUUGAGAAGAUUUAUCAGUGUGGAAGAUAGUAGGAUUUCAAAUACAAAGUUUUUUGGCAAAAUGAAUCUUCAUUAGUUUUGCAAUAGUGAGCCAUCAUUUUUAUGAAAGAAAAUCUUGAAUGUAAACACAAUAAAUGAAUGAUGUAGCAUAAAGUGUGUGUGAAAGUAAAGCUUUGAUUUUUUACACGUUGAAACACAACUGCUUCCCAUUUGUCUUACAUUCAAUGCUGAACUAAUUAAGCUUUUUUCUAUGGAAAUCCGUCCCUCUGCCAUAGAAAAUAAUAACAGUGCAAAAUAUAAGGACACCCUACUCUCCUGCCCUGAAAGCAAAAAAUGCCUUUUCAAAUAAUAAAUGUAUUUCUGCCAUUCCAAUUUAAUUGUAACUUGCUUAUGUAAAUAUUCUAAUUAACUGACAAUGAAGUCACCAGUCCAGUAGUCAGCACUUCUGUGUUGACACGAAUUAUCAUUUAUAUGGUCAUAAUUAUAAAUUAACUGCUUCAAAAAUUAUAAUUUUUUUUAUACUAAGGAUUUUGUACCACAAGAAUAGAUUACCUUAACUGUAUUAGGCAAAACCUUUGGAAUUAUGUGCUUUAACUUUGUACUUUAUUUGGCUUUUAAACUUUUUUUUAUUCAAGCGUCAAUGAUGAGUUUUUUGUAGAUGAAACACGCAUGUGGUGUACAAAAUUUUAAGCCAGGUAUCUAUGAUGAGUUUAUAUACAUGUAUAAACAUAGCUAGCCUUUGGCAGUUUUAUUUCCUCUGUUGAUGAUUGGCAUUUGUUUGUUAGGUGAUUAAAGAUAAUUAAACAAAUACUAGAUAUUUGAUGCAAAAGAAAAAUAUCCAUGCAUGUGGAAGAUAUUGUCAAAUGAACCCUUAUAUGGUUAUUCAGUCCAUCUGAACAAAUUUACUUUCAUUAACUUAAAUAUUGUAACACUAUUCUCUCUAAUAUCACCAUAUGUAGCAGACUACUUAAACACAAUGUCAAACUGAUUUAUAGGUGUUCCAUUACUGAGUUAUGCCCUUAUUUUACCAGAAAAAGUCAUGGUUAUAUUUCUCUUCAUUUGCUAUCUCUGCAAAUUACAGAAAAUUUAAUUGAUGAUAUUGACCAAUUAACUACAAAUUCAGUUUGGUUUAAUCAAAUAUCACAUGUGUAUUCCUGAUCUAAGGUCCUUAGUUUUAAAAAAAAGCAAGAUCCUAGUUUUCAAUUCUGCUCUAUAACAUACUAUACAGUUGGGAGAACAUUAUUAUUGAUAAUAAAACAAAGAUUGAGUUCUGUUUUUUUUUCUUAUUCAUUUUUUUAGUCUGACAAUACUUGUAAUAUUGCAUCUCUUUCUUCUAUUUCUUUGUGGGUAUAGGUAAAGUUCAACAUUAUACAAAAUUCCAAAGAGCAUGUGUACAGAACUUUUCAAAACCACAAAAUAACAUAUGCACAAAAUAACAAUGUAUCUAUGAUGAGUUUAUUUAUUAUCAUCAAGUGUUAAAAUUGAAAGAAUCCACAGGAAUCAAACAAUUCCUUAAAUAAGAGGUUGAAAUUGCAAAGAUUCAUUUUAGAUAUAUCUUAAGAAUAAAAAAUUAUAGUUCAUCUAUAUAUCAUUAUAGUAUAUAUAUUUAUAUAUUGUUAAAAUAACCAUAUAUGAAUAAAAACUUCCUCGUA